AUGGCCUCCCGCGCUGCUGCUCGCCCCCUCCUCGCGUGCGCUCGUGUGCACCGCGUUCCCCACGUUUCGAGAGCAUUCGCGACCGUCUCCGCAGCCAACCCGAACUACGUCAGCGUCGUCGAGGUCGGCCCGCGCGAUGGCCUGCAGAACGAGAGGGCGGUCGUCCCGCCGGCCGUGAAGGCUGAGCUCAUCACCCGGCUCGGGCGCGCGGGGAUCAGGACCAUCGAGGCGGGCAGCUUCAUGGCAGGCACGAGUGAGGUGCUGUCGAUGAUGGAGCACGUCCCCGGCACCCACUACCCUGUCCUUGUCCCGAACAUGAAGGGCCUCGAUGAUCUGCUCGCGUUGCUCGCCGCGGAAAACCCCCCAAAACACACGUCGUUACCACGGGACCCCCCUCUGACGGAUGAGAUUGCAAUCUUCACCGCGGCCACCGACGCCUUCUGCAAGGCGAACACGAACUGCACCGUCGCAGAAUCGCUGCAGCGGCUCGCUCCCGUGGCCGAGCGCGCCCUGAAAAAGGGUUUGCGCGUCCGAGGCGUCGUCGUCGUGUGCCCGUACACAGGAAAGGUGGAUUACAACAAGGUAAAAGAGGUCACGCGCGCGCUCCUCGACAUGGGCUGCUACGAAGUCAGUCUGGGGGACACCGUUGGCGCCGGAACCCCCGGCAGCAUCUGCGCGAUGCUCGAGACGGUGAUGGGCGGCGACGGCAAAGUCGCACCGACCAAGCUUGCCGCGCACUUCCACGACACGUACGGCUCCGGUGUCGCCAACGUCCUCGCCGCACUCGACAUGGGCCUUCGCACCGUGGACACGGCGGUGGGCGGGCUCGGCGGAUGCCCGUACUCGCCCGGAGCCACGGGAAACGUUGCGACCGAGGAUGUGAUCUACGCGCUGCGUGGCACUCAUUACCAGACCGCGGGCGACCUGGACGCGCUUGCGCAAGUCGGCGGCUGGAUCUCUGCCACGCUGGGCAAGAGGAACGAGAGCCGAGCAGGGAAGGCGAUCCUGGCUCGCUUGGAGCGCGAGCGCACCAUAAAAGAACGGGAGAGAGACGGAGGAGCCGCUGAGAGCUUGGCGGCAAAGUUGUAA